AUGAAGGUUUCCCUCGUUUUUGUCACCUCCUUGGUUGCCUGCGCCUCAGCAGCAGCAGUUGACCAAUCUGCUGAAGCCAACCUUCUUGUGACCCGAGACUGUGGUGCUGCCGACUCAUGCCAAGGUUUCGGAUGGGGCGAGGAUUUGUGCAAUGACCGGUGCAAGAAAUGCCAGGGAGGCAGUGGAUAUUACAAGAGAGGCGAAUGUUGUGGUAUGGGGCUGUAUACUUGCUGCUGCUACUAUGAUUGA